CCCCGUCCUCACCCUCCCUCCCGGUCGGCGGUUCACGGCAAAGAUUAUAGAGCAGAAAAUCUUUGGUUCACGGUGAGCGUGUGGCGUCCGGGCAGAGACAGUGGAGUCUGUGCGCGCCUGCUGCCCCAGCGGGAAGCGCCCGUUGUUUGUGCUGCGUCUGUUUGUCAGCCAUCGAGCAGGGGCAGGGAGGUUGUGUUGAGUUAAUAUCAAAUGUGUGCCGCCGUUGGGUUCCGCCUCUGAUCUGGAUAUAAAAGCCGCUCCGUCCUGGAUCAAGAAUAGUUGGGCAAAAUGACCACCCUAAACAAGACACCACCUGGGGAUGAUCCAAAGCAGCUGGAAAGAACUGGUACAGUGCGAGAGAUUGGUUCACAGGCUGUCUGGUCUCUAUCUUCUUGUAAACCAGGAUUUGGUGUGGAUCAAUUACGUGAUGAUAACUUGGAAACUUACUGGCAGUCAGAUGGAUCUCAGCCUCAUCUCGUAAACAUUCAGUUCAGACGAAAGACAACUGUGAAAACCUUGUGUAUUUAUGCUGACUAUAAAUCUGAUGAAAGCUAUACUCCAAGCAAGGUCUCUGUUAGAGUUGGAAACAACUUUCAUGAUCUUAAAGAAAUGCGGCAACUUGAAUUGGUGGAGCCCAGCGGCUGGAUUCAUGUACCACUCACAGAUAUCAACAAGAAGCCAAUCCGCACCUUUAUGAUACAGAUUGCUGUGCUGGCUAAUCAUCAGAACGGAAGAGACACACAUAUGAGGCAAAUUAAAGUCUACACGCCAGUAGAAGAAAGUUCAAUUGGUAAAUUUCCUAGAUGUACCACGAUAGACUUCAUGAUGUAUCGCUGUAUUCGAUGACUGAUCAUUAAGUCAGAUGUUGUGUGGACAUCCUAUGAUGGUUAUAUCAGUAGCUGCUGGUUUUCCGUUUUCUUUGUGGGUCCGCAUUGAACGGAUGUAAAAUAAAAAUGAUUCAUCAACCACAAACUUUGAGAAACCUCUGAACUCUCAGUUCCGUAGAACAUAGACUGAAGGAAACUACCAUAUAUUGUGCCAGCAAAAGCUCAAACUGCUUCAUGCUGAUGAAAAGUUGGAUUAGUUGGUGGCUGAUUGAGCACUCUGAUGCAGACAAAUAGCUUUAUUGGAUUUGACCUGCUUCUCAUGGAUAUUGUGGUACAGAUGCCAAUUCCAUACCUGGAACAAAUAGGCUAGAGGUUCAGCUUGUUCUGAACUCCAAGUCUUCAACACCACAGCUGAGGUAUUAUCUAUCCUCAUAAUAUUUGCUUCCCAAUUUAAAACUGCAUAAACACAAUACUUUGCUGCCUGCCUCCGUGCCUGAUCAAUGCAAUAGCAGCAAAUGUUCUUAAUUUGAAAACUUGGAAUUAAAGAUGAAUGAAUUACUGAUUGGUGCUAAAUGCCACAAGUGCCUGAUUUUUUGUUUCAAGUUCUUAACAGUAAUGUGUUUUAUUAUCAUACAUGAUUAAAUGUACCUGAGUGUACAAAUAAAGUCAACGUUGAACAA